AGACAGACGAACGAGGUUGAAAAUCACAGCCGGUAUUCCUGGCGGGAGACGACACGUGGUUAACUGGAGGCACGCGGCCGCCCCACUCUCCGCCACGAGUUCCUCGUCCACGCUGGACGCAAUCAGCCGAUCCUCAAAGCGCGACCGGUAGUCGAACCGCGUGCACGUGGAGCCCGACGUGGCUUCUGCCUCCGUGGAUCGCGAUCAACCGACCGAUCAACGGGAGCCUGAUAUCGAUCGAUCCCCCCCUUCAUUCAGCCCGGAGGAUCUAGCCGUGAAACGUGACUACGAUCGUGGAUGAUCGACCGUUCGGAGUUACACGAGGGAAAACGAUCCCGAUCGCCAUCGAUCCGAUCCUAAUUGAACGUCGUUUGAAAACAGUAGUCGAAACGUGUCUCUAGAGCUUCUCUCUCUCUCUCUCUCUCUCUCUCUCUCUCUUUCUCUCUCUCUCCGCUCCGAUCGGUAGACGGUGAAUCGAUUUCCGUGAAGAAGCCAGCCAGCAGGUGAAUCAUCCAGCAGGGGAGACGUCCAGUCAUCCAGUCAGACUGGAUCCGACUGGGUUUCACCUUUCGACCAGGAGAACGAACGCGCACCGGGGUGGUUCCUCGGAGUUCAGUGGCACAUGUGAUCGUGAACAGAGGAGAUCCGAGUGUCUGGGUUCUCGCGGGGACCAGAGGUUUUUCUUUGCCCGAGGAUCCUGGAUCCGGUGGAAUGGACGAAGAAUGAAGGAAGGGUGAACGCUCCGCUGCGUAGAACGUGAGAGAGCUGCUUCAAAUCGGGAUCAGGAUGCGGUGGAUCGGUUACGUGGCCACAAUUCUCUGGUGGUCGGGCAUCGCCAGGUCCCUGAGCACGCUGAAUCGAGGUCACAGUUACAAAAUCACGCCGAAGCCCUGUCGAGUCCCCGGGCCAGAGUCGAAAGAAGGCACGUGCAUGUUCGUGUGGGAGUGCAUCAAAUCGGAGGGCACGCACGUGGGCGUGUGCGUGGACACGUUCAUGUUCGGCAGCUGCUGCGUGCACAAUACGACGACGAACGCGAUCACCGCGUCCAAUCUUCAUCAACAGCAUCACCACCACCAACACCAUUACCAUCAGCAGCACGGCGCGUCCUCUUCGUCCGGCCCGUUGAGGCCGACCCUGGCGGAGGCGCUGGGCAACGAGUCGACCAGGCCCACGUUGACCUCCCUCUCCAGCUUCCUCGUCACGGACACGAGCACCGCCAGGCCGAGUCACCAUCCAUCCGAGACGCUCGACUCUUCCGGAGGGUCCAGCAGACCGCACAAACCGCUCUCGGCCGGUUCCGCUAGGCCGCUGCAGAAACGACCGCACGCGAAACCGACGUCCGAUCACAAGGACAGGAUUCAAACGUCGGUGGUUCCUGGUGGCUCGUCGAAUUUCUGGGAGAAGGGCACCCAGAGCACCAAGAGGCCCGCGUCCGGUGGAUCCGUGAAUCUUUGGGAGAAGGGAUCUCAGAAUACGAAAAGACCGAGUUCUCAGAGUACGAAGAGGCCCGCUGCGAGUGUUUCCUGGGAGGAUAAUGGUCAGAACACGAAGAGACCUUCCGGCCAUCAUGACUCGUCGAACGUUCAGAAGACGAGGCCGGAAAACGGCCAGCACGCGGGCGUCAAAGAGAAGGACACGACGCACGAGAGUUUUCAGAGUCAUCAUCAGGGGUUCAAGGAUAAGGUUGAGAGCGGGCACAAUACGUUGGUGGUUAGAUUACCGGGGAAGGAGCAUGCUUCUAGCGAGAAGGAGAGUAUAAGGCCCAACAGGCCUAAUAGCCAAAGACCGUCCGAGUCGAGACCGGAUGACAGCAAGACCGAAGAGGAUGCCGAUUUGAGCGUGCAGGAGUCGAUACACAGACCUAGCGUUAACUCGGUUGACGAAAACGAACCUGUCAAGGACCCUCAUCCAAGCUUCAACUUCAUUCAUACGGAACGUCCGCAGUGGGCGACCAAACCAGUAUCCCCGAAGCCAACGACAGACUUUUCGAAACCGUACUUCUCCAUCAAAACGACCACGUAUCGACCGAUUCCGAUGAACGACCAACCAGAUACCAGGCCGAACUUCGUCUCGAAACCCAAUAGUUCCGGCACGGUUAUGAAAACCUCGACCACUGCCAGACCGACACACUUCAAUGGACAGUCCACCACCAGCGCAGCCGGAUCCUUGCCACAGACCUCUCACUGGCACGUGACCACAGAGCCGGUGUUCGUCACAAAACAAAGACCGUCGUCGUCCACAAAGCCGAUGGGCUCGCUCGAAACAACGAAACCUUUGACCAGCAGCUCGCAUUUCUGGUCGGAGAACAGUUGGACACCGCCGAGGCCGUCCUUGAAACCGCACUGGACCGACAACCCCAGCCUCCUUCAGAACGGGCCCGAAGCAUUUCCGCCGCGGCCGAGUUUCAAACCGACCGAACCGCAAGAAAACACGGAGCUCCACAAACCACUUGGCGCUGCGCAUUACAUCACCACUUCCCACUUCGAGACGUCUGCUAGGCCUAGACCCACGAAGAAAACCACCACGUCUACGACGACCACUACCAGCACCACUACGACCACCACCACUACCAGCACCACUACGACCACCACUACUACCAGCACCACUACGACCACUCCAAAACCUGAGACGACGACGACAGCGUCGUCAACGACCGAGACGAUCGCGAAAACUGGAUCGGUGUUGACCGUGUCUGCCGCAACCGAGAGCAAGGGUAUGCAAUGCGGGGUACCGCCCCUGUUCCCGAGACCGGAGACCAGGAUAGUUGGAGGCAAGGACGCGCCGUUCGGUCGAUGGCCUUGGCAGGUAUCUGUUAGGCGUACCUCGUUCUUCGGAUUCUCCAGCACUCACAGAUGCGGAGGAGCGGUGCUCAAUGAGAACUGGAUCGCCACCGCUGGACACUGCGUGGACGACCUGCUGACCUCGCAGAUCCGGAUCAGAGUGGGCGAGUACGAUUUUUCAUCGGUGCAGGAACGACUGCCUUACGUGGAGCGUGGAGUCGCGAAGAAAGUGGUCCACCCCAAGUACAACUUCUUCACUUACGAGUACGAUCUGGCGUUGGUCCGUUUGGAGAGCUCGUUGACGUUCGCGCCGCAUAUUUCACCGAUUUGUUUGCCAGCGACUGACGAUCUCUUGAUCGGCGAGAAUGCAACAGUCACCGGCUGGGGAAGGCUCAGCGAGGGUGGUACAUUACCCUCUGUGUUGCAAGAGGUUUCCGUGCCCAUAGUGAGUAACGAUAGAUGUAAGUCAAUGUUCCUGAGGGCUGGGAGACACGAGUUCAUACCGGAUAUCUUCCUGUGCGCCGGAUACGAGAGUGGAGGCCAAGAUUCUUGUCAGGGCGAUUCGGGUGGUCCUCUUCAAGUACGUGGAAAAGACGGUCGAUACUUCCUCGCUGGCAUCAUAUCCUGGGGAAUCGGUUGCGCGGAGGCCAAUCUACCCGGCGUUUGCACGAGGAUCUCCAAGUUCGUCCCAUGGAUCCUGAAGAACGUCACUUGACCCGAUUUCCAAGUAAUCGUUUGCCACAGGACCUGGUCGACAGCUUGUUGACGAACCGAACUGUUCGAAUGAGCGCGCAUUCCCAAACGUAAAACUGCACGUUUCAUCGAUUUCUUAACCGAAUGGUGGUAACAAGGAGAUCGCACGAAUCACUGCCAAAAAAGAAAAGAAGAAGAAACGCAAGACUUGCCGCAAGAAAACGAGACUCGAGCAGAAAGUUUCUCGUUUGUCUUUGAAAGCGAAAAGAAAAAAAAAAAAGAAAAAUAAGCGAGCAAGCAAGAAAGAGGCGAACGGACGGUGGAGAAGAAAAGAGAGAAGUUUGAGAAACUUCCAUCGCGAAGACUGUUGCUCGAAAAGCGAAGCCAAUCAAACACAGAGACCACGCGAGAUCGUGGAGGUCGUUCGUUGUCGAACGAUAAGAAGAAAAAACUCGCGCGCCUAGUGCUGUAUUUAUAUAUAAAUAUAAAUUCGAGUAAGAUAAUAAUAUAUUUCUCGCCGAGCGAACGCGAGCUGUACGCUCGUCUGUCAGUUUUUGCAACUAGCCUGUACAUGGAUAUAUAAAAAGAAGAGAAUUUAAGUGAAGGAAUAGUUAAUGGCUUGACGUUGAAAACGCUGGGGGGGGGGGGGAAAAAAAAAAAAAAAAAAAAAAUGGAA